AUGGGGACACUCGUUGCCAAGCUGCUCCUCCCCACCCUCAGCAGCCUGGUGUUUGUCCCGACUGCCAGCAUUGCGGCCAGGAGGCAGUUCCAUAUGGAAGCCAUGGUCUACGUCUUCACCAUGUUCUUCGUGGCGAUAUACCACGCUUGUGAUGGUCCAGGUUUAUCGGUGCUGUGUUUCAUGCGCUACGACAUUCUGGAGUACUUCAGCAUCUAUGGGACGGUGCUGUCCAUGUGGGUCUCACUGAUGGCCCUGGCUGACUUUGAUGAGCCCAAGAGAUCGACCUUUGUCAUGUUUGGCGUCUUGACCAUCGCGGUGAGGAUCUACCACGACCGGUGGGGCUACGGUGUGUACUCCGGACCCAUCGGCACUGCCGUCCUCAUCAUCACCGCAAAGUGGCUGCAGAAGAUGAAGGAAAAGAAAGGUCUGUACCCUGAUAUGAGCGUCUAUACCCAGCAGAUUGGUCCCGGCUUCUGCUUUGGGGCAUUGGCCUUGAUGCUGAGGUUUUACUUUGAGGAGUGGGACUACACAUACGUCCACAGCUUCUACCACUGUGCCCUGGCCAUGUCCUUCGUGCUUCUGCUGCCCAAGGUGAACAAGAAAGCCGGCAAUGCGGGAACCCCUGCCAAAUUGAACUGCUCCACCCUUUGCUGCUCCUGUGUGUGA